UUUUGUGGUUUCCUUUUGGACAUUUUGUAGUAAUAUAUACUUAUAAUGUGAUUCCUCAUAAAUUAAGUUGCUUUGUUGCUUGGUAUUGAGGCCUACGAGUGUCUUUUGUUCAUUAGUUCAUGGUAAAAUUACAAUCAUGAUUAUAGUUUUCUGCCUUAUAAUUCUUAUGUAUAGUUGGCUGCCGUGCAUGGAAAGCGUUAUAUAUUGCACUUGAGAUGCCUACCCUCGAUGCUCAUAUAUCAAACAAGUUACAAGAUGAAUUGUCUUCCACUUUGAAACUCGUUAACUUCUAGCCAAGAGUCAAUUCUUGUUGAGAAGACCAUGAGAAGAGGAUACGAUAAUGUAGAGAAGGAAAAGGAAAGGAAAAGAAUGGAAUGAGACAUUGGGGUGGAAAAUCAAUACACAUGCGUACACCCCCCCUACAAACACACACAGUUUUGGAGUUGGCGCUUCUUUUCAAUUGAGAUAAACAUAAGACAUAUUAGUAGUGUUUUACCUGUCAUACAUUGGCCAACCAAUUCAUCCUUCUCACUACUUGUCUUGUGCCAUUAUAUUUUAUCACUGGGUUAGUUGCAAGCCUUUAAGUCUUGGUUGUUUGAUUUGCUGCCUGUUUAUCUCAAUCCAAGCAAUAUUGUCGUACUAGUUUAUGCUCAAAAUAAUCUGCCUUGAGAAUUUUCUUAUCCUUAUUUCCUGUUUUGAUUUUCUUUUCUUAGUUUAAUUUUAAUAUCUAGGAAGCAUCAACAUGAUACAACACUUUUGAAACUUCUAUUCUUCAAUCCGAGAAAAAUAUUAUUCAUGGUUGGAUAAUAAGGAAGAGAGAGGCAGCUAACUUUGUGACACCCUGAAAAUGAGUAGAAUAUUUCUUCUGAAAUCUUUCGAUCAUGCCCUUCCCUUCCUCUUGCAAGCUGGUUAUGGGAUAAUCUUUUGAUGGCCCAGCUCACAUGCACUGAAGGCACUGCCAAUAUCCAAAUAGCUUCCUUUGUAGGUUAACAAAUUCAUUAAGGACGGAAAUAAAUAGGAAGAUGCCUUUUCAUUAUAGAAGCUUUUUCAAGACCUACAUUUGGUUGUUUCCUUUUGGUAAGGUUUAUAGUUCUGCUGUCACCUGCUUCUCCAUUUACUGGUUAUAUCACUAGAAUUAUCCUCCCAAGAAGAUGUCUUUUUUCAAUUUGUCAUGCGUUCCUAUCUUGAUAUCUUUGCAAUUACAGCAUGAGAUGGCAGUAGAGAGUGCAAGGAUUUUUGAUAUGGAUUGUUAUUAUCAAACUCUGAUUUUUGCUAGAAGGAUUUCUGGGAUGGGUGGGACACAUAUGCUCAAGAAGUUUUGAACGUGCUUUUCUAGAUUAACUUGACUGAUCCAAAUCAAAAUGAAGACAUAAAACUUCCUUCAAAUACAAAAGCUGUUAAAGAUCUACAUGUCUCCCCUUGUGGGAGACUUGUACUUUUAGCUUCGAUGGGUAAAAAAUGAUCAAUUAUUAGCAUGGGCUGCAACAAAGUUGUCAUCAGUUAUAGUUUACCGGGCCCAGCUUGGUCAUGCUCAUGGGAUCCCAACAGUUCACAUUACAUGUAUGCUGGCUUACAGAACGGCAUGCUUUUGGUGUUUGAUAUGCGUCAGACAGUACAUCCUGUUCAAUCCAUCAAUGGACUAAGCUCGCGACCCAUUCAUACUAUACACUCUUUUGAACAUAAACCCACUCUUUGUCACGGUGCUAGUCUCCUUACUGCUUCUGCAAUUGGCCCAUGUGUGUGGAACACUAGUGGUGCCAAAGAAAGAUUGACACUUUUACCAAUUAACCCAUCACUCAUCAAACUCCUUGACUAUCUCCCUUUCAGCAUAAUCAUCAUAAGAAGGUGCCAACUAGCUUAGCUGGCUUAGCUGGAGUCUCUCAGUAUCGUACCAGACAACCAGAGACCUUGAGUCGAGUCCCACCUUCAUCUGGCUUGAGGGAUUCAUAGGCAGGGAGGGCUACCCCCUACUCUGUAUUCUGUUGACAUUGGACCAAAGAUGAUGAUAAUAAUAGUAAAAAAAUAUAUCUUGCAACAGAGCUGCAAAAAAAAAAAAAAAAGGGAUAAAAAAAA